UCUGCCUUCUCAACUUCGCGCCACCAAAUCUUAAACUCUCUCAAUCUUCAACCUGAAUGCAUCACUUCCCACUCCGUCAGAACAACUUUUCCCGUUGAGACCCUCAAGCGCGUGGUUUUCGCUGUAUACAGCGCACCUUGAAUAUAUUAUUUCCGAUGAGAUCCAAGUCGUGAUCCUCAUAUGCUUCGAUUGACAUGAAGUAGCCAACCUGGCAGCUUCACGUUUGCGAACGUCCGCAACAAUACUGACCAGUGCUUCAAGUACUCCGACCUUCCUCGACUCGCAUCCUCCACUAUGGAUACCUUCCUUUUCGACGAGCUAGGUUUCGGCCGGAGCUCUGCAGACCCUGACAACCCUAACAACCCUGACAACCCUGACAACCCCGGCGUCACCAUUAAGGAAGAGGAUGUCGACUUUGAUCAGGAGAAUGGACAGUCUCUUCAAGGCAUUAAUUGGGCCUUUCAAGAGGAGGAAGAUGAGAAGCUGAUUAUGGGAUUGACCGGCGGCCAUGGUGAACCGGGAGCUGGUGGAAUGGGGAUGCCUCAAGAAUUUGCGGGCUUCGGCGAUAAAGAGAUUGAUCAAACCGGCAAGGCGGAAGAUGCCAUCGACUUUGAGGAUAUUAGUGAUAGCGACCUCUCAGAUGUUGGUUCUGAUUCCGGCAGGGGCGCAGGUAUAUCGCAGGUUCCCGGCCUUACGGAGGAUGAGGGCACCAGCCAUAAUACCGACAAUAUGGAGAACUUGGAGGAUCUAUUUGGUUCUGACGAACACGACGUCCUCCCGUCUUCGCCCCUUGCUGCCGAAACUACGGCAAGCCGACUAUCCGGUGGCUUAACCAUGCCUACUGGACUUAUGUUCUCCAGUACGCUGACUAUGCCUACCGCUUCGGCUGCGCCGCCUACCUCGACUAUACCCAAGGUGGAUACUCCAGUAGUAAAAGAUGGUGAUGUCUCGGAUGACGUGUGGAAUAAAAUGUCUUUCGAGGAGAAACAGCAGCUUAACUUUCCGACAUACACCCCAUCUAUCGACAAGUGGAUAAAUCAGGUGAGUAAGGAAGAUUCGUCGGGCCAGAAGGCUCCGGAGAGCAAGGAAGAGCUCUUGGCACAGAAGUUUCCUCAUUUCAAGAAGAACAAGAAACUUCACUUCAACAAACUAUUCCCGGAGUGGCCGGCACAGUACAUGUACAAGCAGCCCCCCCACAAGGAUCGAGACCCACCCGAAUUUGUGCCCACCAAACUCGAGCUAGAGCUCGAGGCCGACUCUGCCAAACUGUUUAGGAUUCCCGUCACCACUUCAGCUACUCAGAGAGUUACCGAGGAUGAUGACGACUGGGGUUUGGACACUACAGAAGGUGAUUCGGAUAAGUCAGAAUCAGGCGAGUCCCUCGUUGGAGGUUUAACAACGGACGAAUUUACUACGAUUUGUGAAGAAUGGGACCCCUCCGCAAUGUCCGGCACUUUAAUCGCCCACGACUCUCCCACUAAAGUUCGCGACGAAGACAUGGACGAUUGGGACAAGGAAUUUGAAGAGCUGGGGCACAUGGGAACAACCCAGAAGUUCAAGCCCAGCCUCCCAGAGGUCCCGAUGUACGACACCUUCUGCUCUGGUGAUUAUCAGAAAGCGGCACGGUUAUUCGGCAAACGUGUCAGACUCGACGACAGUGACCCUUACCUCUUACUCACUCGGAAUGAUGACUCCCAGCGACCAUCUAAGCGCCUGAGAGUUGAGGAGAAGACCAUACGGAUGACAAAUGACCAGCAGAGGAGGGAUGUCUUGCAUCACUUCAACAUCUCUAACGACAGCGAGUAUGAUGCUCUUAAGGUAAACCAUAAGAGCAAGGUCCGAGCUACUCUUUCGAAUCUCGCUGUUGAGCACAGUUUGCCCGCCCUCAAACUGACGUUCCCCUUCUACCGAACGAAGGUUCAUGGUAAACCUUGGGAGCACCACCGAAAGAGAUAUGACCUGGAGAAGAUUGUCAAGCAUGCUAUCGGAGUUCGUAAGCCUGCUCGAAUUAGGCGCAAGGAAACCAAGGGUCGAAGUAACCAGGAAAUCUUCAAGACAACUCGAGACCUCAGUUUGAAUGAUAACUCCACGGCUGUUCUCUUCGAGUACUGCGAAGAAUUCCCGAUUAUGAUGUCGAACUUUGGCAUGGGUAGUCGCGUCAUUAAUUACUACCGCCGCAAAGAUCGUAACGACGAGGAUAAGAUCCCAAAGCUCGAUCUUGGCGAAGGUCAUGCGCUGCUGCCCGAGGAUAGAUCUCCUUUCUCCAUCUUUGGAACCGUAGACCCUGGCGAGACAGUUCCAACGUUGCACAACGAGAUGUACCGCGCUCCUAUCUUCAAGCACGAGCCAAGGCCGACCGACUUCCUCCUCGGGAUCACCACGAGUGCUUUGGAGGGCCCAAAGUUCUUCCUUCGUAAGAUCGACCAUGUGUAUACUGUCGGCCAGACUUUCCCCUCGUUGGAAGUUCCUGGCCCUCAUGCUAGAAAGGUUACGAACACGUCGAAGAACCGUCUCAAGAUGAUUGCCUAUCGCAUGAUGAAGAAGAAGGAAACCCAGGACGUUGGUCUUGCAGAGAUCACGCCACACGUCUUCGAGAAACAGGACCCCCAGAAUCGACAGAAGAUGAAGGAAUUCCUUUCAUACGACAGAGAUAGGAAGACGUGGGUCCUACCAGAGGGUCAGACAUUAAUGGAUGAGUCCGCCAUCCGAUCCAUGAUCAAGCCAGAAGACGCUUGCCUCAUCGAGGCCAUGCAGAUAGGACAGCAGUUAUUAGUGAACGCUGGCUACGAUCCCAAGGAUAAACUUGAUGACGAUGAAGGCGCGGAAGAGCCACUAGUUGCGAGGAUGGCUCCGUGGGAACUUACCAAAAACUUUAUAGAUGCGAGUGCUGGUAAGGCCAUGGUAGCCCUUCAUGGCGAAGGCGAUCCUACUGGUCAGGGAUUAGGAUUCAGUUUCAUCAAAACAUCUAUGAAGGGCGGUUAUAUCAAUGCCGUCCAGGGUCCCAUGGCUACUUCUACGGAUGCGAUUGAACGCGAACGUAAGGCGAACGGCGGUCAUUCGUACAACGUUAAGAAGCAGCAGGACAUGUACAACAAAGGCAUCGAGGAUAUCUGGAAGCGACAAAAGAGUACGCUUAGCGAUCCGACUACUCACGAGGACACGGAUGUGCUUGACACGACUAACGAAGAUGAUCGCUUUGAAUCAAGACAACCCGACGCAACUCCCGCGCCCAUGGACGACGGUCGUAGUCAGUUCAGUCGUCUAAGCGCGGCCAGUCGUUCAGGCAAGAAGAAGCUUAAGAUUACCCGUAAGAAAGUGAACGAGGCGGGUGAAGUUAGUACGGAGGUCGUAAUCCUCGACGACCCGGUGGUGAUUAGGAAUUACCUCAAGCAGCGUCGAGAGAUCGAAGAUAAGAACAGAGAUGUCUACAGUUUGCAGCCGACGGCUGAUGCUGACGACAAUCGUGAGAAGCAGAGACUCGUUGAUAAGGAGCUUUCACGGCUACUCAAGAACCAGGAUCGUCGCCAGAUCCGCGAGAAGCAAGGCAAGGGCAAGAGAAAGAAAGCCGGCGCUGGUCCCGACGCCAACGGUGGCGCAUCUCCUCCUGCCGCCGAUAAGACCGCGGGCACGACGCGCAAGUGCGCGAACUGCGGUCAGGUGGGACACAUCAAGACAAACAAGAGCAAAUGCCCUCUUCUGAACGGCACGAUUACCACUGCCAACGGUGGCGCUGAUCACGGAGGCUUUGGUUCUUUUGGCGCAACGUCUGCCGCGCCAUCUGCCGGAACACCGUCCGCCAACGAGUAGGCAAGGCAAGGGAGGUCGCAGCGACGGAUAAUCCCCUGUCUCUCCCCGGAAGAGUCAUGGAUGAGCUUCGGACAUUUGGCGCAGAUGGCUAAGGUAGAUGUGAGCUGCUCUUGUCAUUGCCUCGCACACUGCGCCAUUUCCGCAAAGCAGCUCAAGCACGCUCCUUUUCUUUAACAAAAUACGUUUUCCUUCGGCAUAUUUACCCCCUACAGCGGCAUGCAGAACCGUCAAGGAAGUAGCCAAAAAUGGAAGCAUUAGCAUGGCGUUCAGGUUAGGGAAUGUCCCCAUGUACCUACUACGUCGUUCAUGAGGAAUAUACAUUUUGCUUUCAAUGAUGAUAUGUCUAGUGCGACCAUCCACUACCAUGUGGUUGGACGGCACAUGUUUUCUGCAAUGCAAGUGGUCUGCUCCACCCAAAUUCCUGGGAAGUAGGUGAGCGGUUAAGCAAGAC